UCAUAUUCGCUUCAAAGACGAAGUAUAAAUCGUCUGAAACUGAGAAGUACUUUAAAAUUUCGAUUUCCCACACAGAAAUCAUUUUGAUAAACAUCUUACGAGCAAGUCAGCAUCACACGAGUCUCUCGGAGCUCAUUGGCAAAGUCAUUUCCUUCCCAACUCUCAUCAAGAGAAGUGCAAUAUUGAAGUCAAGAGCAAUUUACUGAGUGUAUUUUGAGGCAAUUUUCCGAUUGACACCAUUUGUGAUUACUUUGUGAUCUUGUGGGAGUGCUUUUAAUCCGAUUAAAGUGUCACAAUGAGGAAUACCUUGUUGGAAGAGCUUCAAGAAAAUGGGUAUGUGGUAUUUGAAAAUUUCCUUCUGCCCGAAGAGGUGGAGGAAGUGAAGAAAGCAGGACAGGAACUUUGUUUAGAAGCCCCAAAAGAAUGUCGCACAAUAUUCAGUACAGUUAAUUGCAACAAUAAUCAGAACAGAGAGCAAUACUUUAUUGAAUCAGGCGACAAAGUGCGAUACUUUUUUGAGGAAGGUGCUCUCAAUGAGCAGGGGGAGUUGAUUGUGAAACCAGAGAAUGCCCUCAAUAAAGUGGGCCAUUCUCUACAUACCGAUCAUGACAUCUUCAAGAAAUACACCUUUUCCCACCGCGUUCGUGAGGUAUGCUGGCAAUUGGGCUUCAAGAGGCCCGCUAUUCCUCAGAGUAUGUACAUUUACAAAAAUCCAGGAGUUGGAGGAGAAGUAAUUGCGCAUCAAGAUGGAACGUUUUUGUGCACUGAACCAGUAUCAACAGUGGGCUUCUGGAUUGCCCUGGAUGACGCUACUGCACAGAAUGGAUGCCUUCAGUUCAUAAAAGGAUCGCACAAAAGUGGUGUUCAUCGCAGAUAUAUUCGAAAUCCGGAUAAAUCAUCAAACGAGCUUUUGAUCUACGAUAGACCGGCACCGAUUUACCCCGCUUCUAAUUUUACAUCCGUUCCUGUUGAAAAAGGGUCAUGCAUCCUGAUUCAUAGCCAAGUAGUCCACCGAAGUAAUCAGAAUAAAUCGAACAAAGAGCGACAUGCUUACACCUUUCAUGUAAUCGAAACAGACAACGUGAAGUAUUCAGAAGAAAAUUGGCUUCAACCAAAUCCCGAUUCAUCAUUUCCAAUUUUAUAUGAGUAGAUCAAAAUUAUUGAAUUAAUAAAAAGCAUGAAAAUUUUGGAGAUUUA